AUGGGGAAGGUCACACCGGAGUUGCAUAGUUUGAUGGUACGGGGCGGAUUUCGGUAUGAUGCCAAGAAGGACAAGUACUUCAUGGCUGGAGAGGCCGAAUGGGACAGGCAGAAGCGGAUCGACAAAGGGAAAAAGCAGUACGCGGUCCCAGCCAGCACUGUGGAAGAGUUUCAUGCGGAGGAGGAGAAGAUGGUUGACUCCUUGCUGGAACGCCUGAAGAAAAAGGCUGGCUCAGAGGGAAGAUCUGCUGCACAGGAUGAUGGAGAGGAAAAGCCCAAGAAGGCCAAAAGAAAGCAAGUAGAAGAGGAGGAAGAGGAAGAGGAGGAGGAUGCAGAGGCAGCCAGAAAGGCGAAAAAGGCCAAGAAAGCGAAGGCAAAACAAGCGCAGGAAGAGGAGGAGGAGGAAGACGAGUGA